AUGUCAGUCAAUCACCUCAAUUCCGGCGGGAAUCAUGGAUCCUGCGUGAAUUGUCUGAACAGUUCCCUGUUCGAGGCAGUCAGAAGCGGUCAUCUCGGUCUAGUCCGUCACUGGAUACACAAUGGUGCUCAAGUCGACUUUGCAAAUCCGACGGCCCAUGGAGCUUCUCCGCUUCAUUUGGCGGCACGUCAUAACCGUAUCGAUAUCGCAAGACACCUGCUACGGUGUCUGAAUGAGAAUCCAGGUCAAUCUCAGCAACCUGCCGACCCUGUUUGUUCAGACUUCCCCUUGACACCCUGCUUGAUGCAUCGAACGCUUUUUCAGGGUAGUCAAACGGAUUACACUGCUUUCCACGAUGCGGACGACAAAGACUUCGGCGAAUGGACUUACGCAACAGCGCAUGACUACAUCAUCAGGGCACCGGCUCAAGACAAGCUCAAGCUCAACCCCGUGGAUUGUCGUGGUCGAACGCCUCUUACCUACGCCAUACAUUGGGAACACCAAGGCAUGAUCAAGUUGCUUCUGGGCACACCGGGCACAGACCCCUGGUUGGAAGAUGAUCUAGGCGAAGGACCUGUCUCACACGCGAUUAGCGGCGAUGAUGAGACGACAGUCGAGAACGUGCUCGGUGGGGUCAAGGACCAUGGACAUGGGAUAGAUGUUGGGGCAAAAGUGAAUGGAAGCCCUCUUGUCACUCUUGUAGCAAUGAGGGGCAAUCUGGUCGUUCUUAAGAUGCUGCUAGAAGCUGGAUUCGCAUCCGAUCCCGAAGAGGACAUCUACGGCUUCACAGCGGAAAGUGGGGUCCAGAACGAGCUGGAGUCCUGUGACGACUCCGAGCGUCGGGAAAGGUUACUAGCUUGUCAACAUAUUAUACGCCUAGCCGCAGCGCGUUGA